AUGUCAAAAGAGGUCAUGAGCGAGGAGUACUUGAAUAGCGCAUUGGAUCAUAAGAAGAUGAAGAUUUCUGGAACGCAUAAUAAUUACGUUACGGACGUUACUGGCACUCUAUCCUGGGCGAAUAUAAAAAGAAGUCUUGCUUUAUCCGAAAUGUGGGAGCGAACGCAGCAAGAAAACUUCCUCUCCUCCCCGAAUUGGCAGACUUUCAAAGACCGCUUUAUCAAUUACUCGCUGAAGUCUUGGUACUUUCUCACUAAUGCUAACGACUUUGCAAAACGUGAAACGGGAGAUUGCCUCUGCUCCAAUAUAAGAUUCUUUGUCUGA